AUGGCACCGCCAAGUCGUUGCGAUAUACCCAACCCACUGUCACCUAGAUCAUCGGUGAACGACACUAGCUCCCUUCCUUCGCCGUUGAGCCUCAACCCUGGAGAAAUUCGCUCUUCUCGAGAUGAUCAGCAUGAAGCGAAACUCCAACAAUGCUGGGACAAGUCAAUCGCAAAGCAUCUGGAUCUGCCAGAUGGAUACCGCAAUGUACAUGUUUUGAUGAUCAAAUGGCAAGACGCGAUAGAUCAGCUGAGCGUGCGGCAAGAGGUCGACGACCUGACGAAUGUCUUCAGAAGAAUCUUCAAUUACGAAGUGACCGAGCUACAACUAGAGGAGGAGAGGCCGCAACUCCAGCUUGAGAGGGGAGUACUAAACUGGGUGUACGAAAACGAUGACCCAAACAAUCUGCUUGUAGUAUACUACGCUGGUCAUGGUGUUUACGACCAGGCUCACAAGGUCCUCGAGUUCUCACCGACCGACGAUGUAAAAAUUGACCUUCGAGCAGUCUGGAACCACGCUGAGAGGACACUAAUCGAGAAAGUAAAAGCCAACGUCCUCACUAUCAUGGACUGCUGCUUCGCCGGCGACCUUAUGCGCAACGUCCCCGAGCACGGUCGAACAUUCGAGAUGAUAGCCGCCUCAGGUAUCGGUGCACCCACCCCUGAGCCCGGCGAGAACUCUUUCACUCGCUGCCUCAUUAGACAUCUGAAGGAAUUAGCCGUGAAAAGUGCCGGUACCUAUGGCAGUUACUUUGACACCCACGAGCUUGUCGAGUGCAUGGCAAAGGAACGUUUUGACUCACCUCCAAGAGUAUGGCGGCGAAUCGGGGGCAGUAGCCGACACAUUGAGUUCAGGAAGCUCAAGCCAAAGAAAGAGCGUCCGACGCAAAGCCCUAGUAUAUCGUCCCACGCACGCUUUCUGCAUCUGGGGUUUGCACUGAAGCAUGAGACCAUCAACGAGACGCAGAUAAGAUCAUUGACGAAGGAACUGCCGGCCUUGUUCUCGAGUAGAGGGCUACCGUUGGUCAACAUCAAGUGGCUGGGAAGUAGGAAAGAGGGCAAACCAACGCUGAAGGAUGUCGUGUACUUCGUAUCGAAGAAUCGGAAAGAGCUUUCUCCGUUUACGCCGCCACCUUCAGAUAAGAAGAGGAGUGCUGAUGAGGCGGAUUUGGACGAGGCCAUGUCUGAUCGACGGUGGUCCAAGCAACCCAUGUUGAAUACAUAUGCCUCUCUUGGGGAGUAG